CACAAAAUCCACACCCACCCCACAUUUUAUUCUUCCUCCCCCGUGCCUAAAUAUCCACCCACCUACACCACCCAAAAAAAAGUCCCAAAAAAGUCCCAAAAAGUCCCGCGACCGCAGCCCAACCUACUUUUAGUACUAUACCAGGCAUACAAAGCACUCUCCACUGGACUCUCUUACCUCUCUUACUCCGCCUACUCUGCACUCUCCUCGACCACAAACCACAACCCAGUCUGCCUACCUGCCUACCUGCCUGCCUACCUGCCUACCUGCCUACCUGCCUAAAAACAAUUCUCUUCUCUUCCUUCUCUUCCUUCUCUUCCUUCUCUUCUUUCUCUUCUUUCUCUUCGACAUAUCUUACAACACUCACCAACUACUACGUCGACUACUCUCUUGCCUUAUCACAAAGCGAACAUAUCAUUAUCACGACAUACCUCACAACCAACACCAUUGCGCACGCCAACUAUAACAACCACCGUUCCCGCGAAAGCCGUCGCCCGCUUGUCAAAACGAUGGGGUCCGAUAAGGCCCGCCCCGCUUACGUCGAGGACGUCGUGGGAGACGAGGACAGCGACAACAAUCGCACCAUACGCGGCACCCGAGUGUCCGCCCGCGCCUCGAAGAAGGAAAAGAAACAAAGGAACGAGAAGCGAGUCGCCAAGGAGAAGAAGAAGUCGCUUUCCGACGAUGGAUACUCGUCGCUCGCUGUCCCCACGAGGGCAGAUGAGAGGGCCACGGUGAAGGAGAUUCGAGUCAUACCCGGCCGGGAGCCUCGAGAGGGACGGCGGAAGUCGAUAAACAUCAACCCGGGGAAGAGCCCCCGGAAGUCGUCACGGCCUCCUACACAGCGAAACGUCAGUUUCGACCACAUCGACCUACCCAGCCGCCCGAAGGAUCGGGACGACCCGAGAUACUUCGGCGAGACGAGGGACGGUCAUCCUGUCGUCAUCCAGGCACAAUCCACACCACGGGCCGCCACAUCAUCCGCAUCAUCCUCGCAGUCGCGACAGACGCGACCGAUGAGUAUAAGUAGCAACAACAUCAGCCGGCCGCCACUGUCCGGUUCGGCGUACUACGCACCCAUGUUCGCCGCGCCAAUCAUGAUCCCACCACCACAAUACCAGAACCCGAUGCAAAUGGCGUACUCGCCGAGCCAACCCGCGUCGCCGAGCCGCAAGACACUAGAGGACCGAUUCGCGCGGACUGGUGCGUCGAUUGCCAGGCCGUCGUCGGUUUCGGGAUACAGGCCGUCCGAUCUCCAGCUGGUGCAGAGAGGGGUCUACGACGACCAUGAUGAUGACGACGACGACGACGACUAUGACUCUGAGGAAGAAGAACAGAACCAAGCAGCGUUUAUGCAAGAAGCGGCGAGAAUGAGAGAGGCGAGGCGGCGAGCCAAGGAACUCCAGGACGCGGCAGAUAUGCCCCCGCCACAGCCGAUGCAACGGCGAAGGAGCGUGCGUCAGCCUUCAGAGCAGUCCGUCUUCCUCCAGGACAACCUAGACGACGAGCCUCAACCCCGUCGAUCGCGAGACGAACCCCGCGAAUCCCGCCGGUCGCGCGACUACGACCGCCGUCCCACCGGAGACCAUGACCGCCGCCCCUCGGGAGACUAUGAGCGUCCUAGCCCCCGCCGCCCCAGCCCUCACCGCCACCUAUUGCGCGCCUACGAAUUCGACGAGCGCGAGCGCCCCGCCCAACCCAAGAUCACGUACCGCGGCGACGCACCACCCUCGCGCGCACGCCGCCAAAGCCUCCCUCGUGCCCCUGAGUCCAGCGAAUCCCUCUCCGACCGCGACGACGCCAACAUCCGCGUUGAAGCCGCCUCGGGACGUCGCGCGAGCUACUACGGCGGACUCUCCAACCCUUCGAGCAACUACGAGGAUAAGAUCCGCGACGCCGCGGGGUACCAAGCCGACGUGUCGGGCGGCGAGCCGGUCAAGCUCACCGCCGACCUGCUCCGCAAGCAGCAAAACACCAUCGGCAGCAGCCGCAGCACGCACAGCAGCAACAGCCGCGACGAGAGCGACUUCAAGCGUUCCGUCACCACACGCACGACGAGGUCGGUCAGCGGCAACGACCCCACAGGAGUCGACGACUUUACGAUCCGCAUCAAGGGCAACGCGAAGGUGACGAUUGGCGCGGCGGAGAUCACGAACGCGGAUGGCGUGGAGCUGAAUAUCGUGAAUAAUCGCCGCCAGAGCAUACGCAAUGGCAGCGAGGCGUCAAAGUCGGAGUAUGCGCCGUCGCAGUCGCAGCAGUCGCAGGCGCCGCUGUCGGAGUAUGCGCCGACGGCGACGGAUGAGAGGGAGAGGGAGAGGGAGAGGAAGGGACGGAGGGAGAUUUUGGGGGUGCCUGGGAGAGAGAGGGCGGGGUCGGUGGCGGGGAGGAGGAGGGGGUUUUUCUGAGGGUUUUGAACCUCACGAUUUGUGAUUUUUUUGUGUUUUGAGCGAAUCAAGCGUUGCGUGUUUUUGGGUUUGUUCAUUGCGAGUAGCUAGCCUGCGUUGCUAUAUCUUUUUUCUACUUCUUAUUCUUCUUUGCUUCUGGGCGGGAUCCCGUUUCAUUUGUUGGCCUUUGGAUGGCAGAAGAAGAAGGCCUUUCUUGGAUACGUUUUCUCACUUUGUUUUGUACGAGUUUUCUUGUCACGACGGUUUUACGCGCGGAUGGAGAGCAUCUCAUGAUGACGAUGAUGGAUGGGAUGGGAUGGAUGGAUGUUGUAUGGACUUUGAUGAUGAUGCAGGAUACCCCGAGUUUUAAUGUGUUUCUAUCAUGUCUGCGGAGGUUUUCAAAAGGGGAGAAGGCCGAGGCCGAGGGGGAGGAGGGGGCAUGUAAUGCUAUGCAUAUAAGAGCGAUAUUCAUUUGCUUUUUACUUGCAUGGCGUCUAAAGAAACUAUAUCUCUCUUAUUUGUCUUUGGGCGGGGACAUUUGUUUUUUUUGGGCUUGGACAAAAUCUGGGUAUUGGGUAUGGGAUAGGCAUGGGAAUGGGAAUGGGAAUAGCUUAGAGAAACUUGGCGGGGGGGCUAUUGUUGCUCGUCCUCGGGGACUUGUUUGUACGGAAAGAUUUUUCGGGUUUUGUUCGAAAAAGGGGGGGGGGGGUUCUGUACAGAUAGGUUGUUUGGGAUGAGGAUUGGGAUAGGGAUGGGAUGGGGGCAUAUCUGCUUUCAGCCAUAUCGAGACACCUGAUCGCUAGGAUUUGGAUGGAUGGGGGGCCGGGGUAGGAUAGAUAGCUUUUGAAUCGGAAAAAGCACGUUUUUUUCUGUGAUGAAUGUUGGAUGACUUGUCGUGAGGCAAUUAGUGAUGAAGUGUUCCUUUUCGUAACGAAUCAUUC